CUUAAGCCUCCUCCCUUUUAGAUAUAUGCCAACCAAAAAAGCUCUUGCUCUCCUCGGCGUUAUUAUAUUCAAAUUCACUUUAACAUCUUUUUCUCUCUCUCAAUUAUCCGACGUAAGGAAUUUUCUUCUUCUUAUUCUUCUUCGACUUCACGAUCGAACUAACGACCUGAAAAUCGUCUUCGUCGCUAACUGAGCCGAGCUUUGUGUACGAUGCAUAAACGUGUAUGGAUAUGAGGAGCCGAGCCAAGCACUAAUCUGGAACGACAGGUGUAAAAAAAAUAGAAGCAAAAAAGGAGACCGAAGAAAUUAUGACGACGGCCAAGAGCAAAAAGCGCAACUACGGCGAGAAGUCGAGGCAAAACAACAACAACACCAGCAGUGGUAGUAGUAGCAGCAGUAAUAGCGGUGGCAGUAUAAGUUGUGGUAGAUGCAGCAGGCCUAGACUUCGUCAGACGAGAGGCGCGAAUGAGCUUCACGCGAUCGUUCGUAAAAGCUGCCGUUGUUGCUGUUGCUACUACCGCUGCUGCUGAUCGGGACGAGUAGUGUUCACCACCAGCACCUUUUUUCUUCCUCUUCCUGUUCUUCUUCUUCUACAACUUCUUGUUACUAACUGCUCGUUGGGAGAGAAACGUGUACGGUUAACUGCGUGAGUUCACGGGUCCGAUAAAAAAAGAGAGAAGAUAAGAGCAGACCAGCCAGCCAGCCAGCCAGCAGGUGCAUUUCGCCUCGACAAUAUGGGAAAUGGCAUGAAUAAGGUGUUGCCUGGUCUUUACGUGGGCAACUACAGAGACAGCAAGGACGCGGCACAGCUCGAGCGCUUCGAGAUAACGCACAUAUUGGCGAUUCACGAUGCAGCCAGGCGUCUCCAUUCCGACAAGCACUAUCUGUGCAUCAUGGCAGCGGACACGCCCGAUCAGAAUCUCUCGCAGUACUUUUCGAUUUGCAACGAUUUCAUACACUCGGCUCGCUUGAGGGGCGGAAACGUCCUCAUACAUUGUCUCGCGGGAAUGUCGCGAAGCGUCACCGUCGCCGUGGCCUACAUAAUGAGCAUAACCGAUCUGACGUGGAAGGACGCCCUGAAGGUCGUACGAGUCGGCCGAUCGGUGGCCAAUCCCAACGUGGGCUUUCAGCAGCAGCUCGAGGACUUCGAGUCGACCCGGCUGCCGGACGAGAGGAGACGUCUGCGCGAACGAUUCCCGAGUCUGGCGCUGGCGGCGCAGGACGCCGAGGCCUGCAGGCUGACCCUGAUCAAUUACGAGGGACUGGCCAUGUCGAGGGAGAUCUGCGAGGGCAAGUGCGCCAUGGGCCGACCUUGUCCCACGGGAAUGUGUCGGCAAGCUUCGAAGAGAAACCUGCGCAGAAAAUCGUCGACGUCGAGUCAGAGCAGUUGCGGCAGCGGCGGCAGGACGCCGCCCCAGACGCCGAGGCUGCUGCCCUCGGCGCCGCCCUCGCCGGCAAUGCCGAGAUCGGCCAGCAGCAUGUCGGCCUGCAUCAGGCCCAGAAACGGCCCUGCGGGUUUACAUUAUUAUACGGGAUCGUCGGCGCCGCCAUCGAGAAUGACAUCGCGCGUCGACCUGUCCGGAGCCGUGGCCUGCAGCUCGACGAGCGGCGGCGGAAGCACCUCGAGCCUGUCGGCGAUCGGCCGAUCGGCGCCCAUCAGCUCGACGGCCACGUCGCCCUGGAGGUACGCCGUGUCGGGUGGUGGUUCUGCCCCGGCGACUCCGCGCACGACGCCCCCGGCCUCGCCCCAGCACUAUCCGCGUCGACUUUCGGGCAGGCCGAGUCCGGCGGUGCUGCCCCAGAGCGGACUCGUCAAGAGCGAGGCCUCCACGCCGAUGACGUAGCACAGGCCUGUCUUUCCCCCCGGCGGAGGUGGUGGAAGUAACAAUUCUUCGAUGUACAAUGCCGCGGGUGGUGCCGUUAACGCGUACGGUGGUGCGACGACUGCGACUGCCGCCUUGUACGGGGGUGGCGGCUACGGACCGAGCCAAGUUAAUUACGGUGUCGCGGGCACGACGUCGAUGCAGGCACCUUAUAACGAUCAUUACGGCUACGGACGUUCGCGCUCGUAUCAGCACAUUUGCCGGGACGGUGGAUGCUAUUGCGGUGCUGGUGGCGCUGGUAGUAGCGUCAACGACACGACGAUGCAUCAGCAUCAGUAUCAACAAAGUCAACAGCAGCAGCAAGUCUACGGGAGUUCCAGCAGCGCCUGCAGUCUCGGCACUGCCCAGGGACGUUACAAUUACGGCAACAACGGCAGUCGCUCUUGAGUACGAUUUACAGCGGCGAGCUACCGAUCGAACGAUCUUUUUUAGAGCAGCUGCGUCGAUAAUCCGAAAAGUCGCUGACUGACUGGUGCGCGAGACGCCGGGCGUCUUCGAUAAGUGCAGUGAGCAGCAACUUUAUGUAUGAUAAAUUUUUGUACGUGCGAUGAUGUAGACGUUAUAAUUAACAUAAAAUCGUAUUCGUAUAGCGGCGCACAAUAAUUACAUUCGCGUAAGUCGUAGGAAAAUUUAAGCAAAAAAAUUUAAAAGAUAGCACCUUAUCGCUUAUUAUGCAUAAAUAACAUAAUUGUUGCGAGUGUAUAGAGAGAACGGGUUUUUUGGUUGUAAUGACCGUCCAUUGUUAUUACAGAUAUAAUUGUUACACAGCAUCUAUAUACCGAUAAAUAUAUACAAGGAUAUAUAAUGAUAUAUGUUUACCAUUGUUGAACCGUGUAUAAUUUUUAUCGAUUGUUAUGAUUAUUAGCGACAAGAAAGGUUCAUCCUGCAUACAUAUUGUCAAAUAACGAGUCCAUGUAUACGCAUUUCUAAAUCGAGCAGGAGCGCUACACGCUCCUUGUAUACAGCGCACUGGCGUUUUUUAUUAUAUACGACGCUUCAUUCGUCUAAUACGCUUUUUUCACAACGUAGCUUGUAACUACGACACGAUGUUGCUUUUUUUAAUCACACAGCAUGUGGAACGUAUAUAAUAAUGUUAAGUUUGUACAUUGCGGAGAAAGAGACGAUGUAUAUAAUGUAGAAAAUACUAGCCAAAACGAAGGUGUGUAAAUUCGCAAAUGUCGCCAUGAUAAUAAACAAAAUAUACGUACCGACUUGUGUAUUAUAUAAUAAUCGUGCUACGAUCAGGAAAAUAACACUGUGUUGCACACAUUUUAAUAAACGUUUACAUUAUUUAGCUGGGCAGUAGUGAAUAAGUCGAGGAAAACGAAGUUAUAAAGCACACGAUUCAUGUAUCCUAAUACACGACUCAUAUACAUAAAGGGUAAAUUAAUGCUUUGUAGAAAAUACCUCGCAAAAGCAUACCGUUAAGAACUAUUAUACGACGAAUUGUAAAAUAAUAAGACUUCGAUGUAUUUCCUUAUUAAAAAAUAACAAAAUAAGUAUGAAUUGUUAUCCAUAUCAUCGAUCGAAUGGCAAUUGAGUCGAGCAAGAACAAUAAUUUCUCUAUAUUUUAUCGGGUUGCGUUGUAUAAAAUAUAUAACACGUGCGUUACGCGUAGAUUCGAAGACAAAGAAAAAAAAUACGAAGAAGUUUUGGACCAAAUCUUUAGACUGUUAUGUGCGAGAGCGUUCCGAAGAGGGAGAGAGAGUGAGAGUUAUUUUUAUUUUUUAGACAAAAACGAACGAGCAGGUCUUCUUAUUAUACGUACACACCCGCGUACCGUUUUUAGUCACGAUAAUGCACCGUGUUAUGUAGAUACAACAUGCCAAAGAAAAAAAAGGAAAAAAAAGAAGAAAAAAGAAGAAAAAAAUUAUUGGUCAAUCUAUUCCGCGUUACACUGUGUGCGAUAACGAGUUUUAUUAUUCACUAGAUUAUGAUAUAUAAUGAUAUAUAUGAUAUACUGAUUUACUACGCAAGCCGCAGUAUUUUUGAUACGUCUGAAAAAUGAUUAUAAUAAUGAUACGAAAGAAAAAUAAAAAAAAGAAAAAAAAGAAUAUGUAUAUCUGUGAUGCGAACACGAAACACAUCAUUAGCUUCCGCGUUCUUCGGAUUGGUUUAUUGAAAAAAAAAAAAAAAAAUUGAAACGAAGCAACCAAAAGUAGUAUAAAUAUCCGCGAAAUCCACUGACCUCGCGUUAUACGCGUGUAUCAAAAGCUUUAAACGAUUAACAUGCCUGGAUCUUUCAGCAAUUAUAUAAAUAAACAAAAGAGACGAAUAAGAGUCAAUGUUAAAAUUUACUGUGCGAUAAAAAGAAAAAAACAUAUAGUCGUAGAAAAUAAUACCGAGUCAAUCCAUUUUACACGCGCAGACGCCCACGCAUCGAUGCGAUAAAAAAACAAAAAACCAUAGCUGAAAAGAUUAAAUCGUUAAAAAUUAAUCAACUAUUACAGCUGUAAGAGUAAUAAAGCAGCUCGAAAGGUAGCCCGUUAGAUUUAACAUCACAGCAUAUCUAAAAAAAAAUUUUCUAUUACUUAACGAUCGUAGUUUCAAAUUGUCGAUACAAGAGAACAUAGAGAAAAGAAUCGAAGGGUUGACUCGAGACUGAAGGGACGUUAUUGCAAAAAAAAAUUGUAAAUUUAAUAAGCAAUAAUAUGUAUGAUAAAAAAUGAUGUUCAGAGAACGAUAGAUUCGACAAUUAUGCUCUGGUUCGACAACCAAUUUUGUUUAGGGAAACCAUCAAAAAAUUAUAGAGCAAUACACGUACUGAUGUGACGACAAAGGAAUGACUUACACUCAUACAUAGAAAGAUGAGUUGACGAUGUAUGUGUUUACACACAUUACAACUAUAUUCGCGCAGUUUCGUACCUGAAAUGAAUAUUGAAAAAAAAUGUUAUCACCCAUGCACACGAAAAUAAUAAAAACCAUAUAGUUUUUACAAGUGAGAAAAAUUUGAAAAACGCUAAACCACUACAAAAAUAAUAAUACAAAUAAUAGGACUACAUAAAUAUCAACAUUUGUCCGUUUUUACACCGCGUGUUUCAGUGACAUCGACAUUUCAUAUUUUGCUCGUCCUCGCAUAGUGAUUUUGAUUUCUUAUGAGUUUUCCUUUAAAUUUUGAAAAUAGACAGUUUCAUAAUGUACAACGCAUAAAGUUAUUGUCCGCAUUUGCCGAAAUGUUAUUCUGAAAAAAGUACAGGAGAAACAUGUAAUGACUAUCCAAAGAUGAAUAAUAAAAUAAAAAUAAUUGUUUUUGACAACAAUAAA